GGGGCCGGAGGCGGGCGGGGAGCGGCUCUGCGCGGCGCCGCUGCCUCCCUGCGCUUCCCUCCGCUUCCCUCCGCUUCCCUCCGCCCGCCGUGCUGCGGGGCCGGGCUGCUGCGCGGGGCUCCGCGGUUCCCACCACCUUCCCGCCGGGCUCUGCCAUGGGCCCUCCCCAGCUCGGCCUCAGCAUGCUGGUAUAGCAGCAGGAGGCUGCCAUCCCGAGGAGCUGUGCUGGGACAUCCCUUCCCCCUGGGCCAUCCUCCCCCUCCCCUGCCUGGGCAGGAGCCAUGGAUGCCCACGUGGACCUGCUGACCGAGCUGCAGCUGCUGGACAAGGUGCCCACGCUGGAGAGGCUGAGGGCAGCCCAGAAACGCAGGGCCCAGCAGCUGAAAAAAUGGGCCCAGUACGAGAAGGAGAUGCAGCACAAGAAGAGGAAGCAUGAAAAGAAGAGAAAUGCUGUGAACAGGAAGAAAGUGUCUUUUGAGGCCAGCGUUGCUCUGCUGGAGGCUUCCCUGAGGAAUGACGUGGAGGAAGUGUGUUACCUGCUGAAGAGCAACAUCAGCCCCGACCUGUGCAAUGAGGAUGGAUUAACUGCGCUGCAUCAGUGCUGCAUAGACAACUAUGAGGACAUAGUGAAGCUCCUCCUCAGCCACGGGGCCAACGUCAACGCCAAGGACAACGAGCUGUGGACUCCACUGCAUGCAGCAGCCACCUGUGGCCACAUCAACCUGGUGAAGAUCCUCAUCCAGCAUGGAGCAGACCUGUUGGCAGUCAAUGCAGAUGGCAACAUGCCAUAUGACCUCUGUGAGGAUGAGCCAACCCUGGAUGUCAUUGAGACUUGCAUGGCCUAUCAAGGGAUUACCCAGGAAAGGAUCAAUGAGAUGCGAGCUGCUCCAGAGCAGGUCAUGAUCUGUGACAUUCAUGACAUACUUGCCACUGGCCAAGACCUGAACAGGACUGAUGCCCAAGGUGCUACGCUGCUGCAUAUAGCUGCAGCCAAUGGUUAUCUGCAUGCAGCUGAAGUGCUUCUUGACCAGGGGGCAAGCCUGGAUGUAAAGGACUGGGAUGGCUGGGAACCUCUGCAUGCUGCUGCUUUCUGGGGACAGAUGCAGAUGGCUGAAUUGCUCGUGUCCCAUGGGGCUAGUUUGAGUGCCAGGACAUCUUUGGAUGAGAUGCCAAUAGAUCUGUGUGAAGAGGAGGAAUUCAAAGUUCUGCUUCUGGAGCUGAAGCACAAACACGAUGUGAUCAUGAAGUCCCAGAUGAGGCACAAAUCCUCGCUGAGCCGCAGGACCUCCAGCACGGGCAGCCGGGGGAAGGUGGUGAGGAGGGCCAGCCUUUCGGACAGGACAAACCUUUACAGGAAGGAGUGUGAGAAGGAGGCCAUGGUGUGGCAGCAGCUGGGGGCAGCAGAAGAAGGAAGAAACUCAGUUCUCAUUGGAGAAAUUGGGGAGACUCGGUCUGACCAGGAGAAUACAGACCCUAACUCAGUGCUGGAGAACUCCUCCCUCCUCCCGGAGCUAGCGAACAAAAGCACCCAGUGUGACACCGAGAUCCCUCUCCAGAAUGGACUGAUGGCAUCUGCCAGCCCUUACCAGUACACCUUUUCCAACGGGGACAUUUGGAGCAUGCACCCUGAGCCCGACAGCAACCCCGGGCACGUUCUGCCCUACAGCAGCCCCGGGCUGCCCGAGGCGCCGCAGCUCUGGGGCACCUACAAGGAGCACAACCACCAAACCCUGUCAGAGCUGAAGAGGCAGCGAGCUGCAGCCAAGCUGCUCCAGCACCCCUUCCUCAGCACCCACUUCAGCACUGGCAUGGCAGGAGUUGCUGAGAACGUGGCCGAGGCCAAGUCGCACUUAAUGGAAUCCAGGACUUCUCCCUACAGCUCCAAUGGGAGCUCGGUGUACUACACAGUGUCCAGUGGGGAUCCGCCCCUCCUGAAAUUCAAAGCUCCCAUGGAGGAAAUGGAAGAGAAGGUGCAUGGGUGCUGCAGGAUUUCCUAGUCUGGUCUGUGUCUCACCCCAGAGGACAGGAGACGUGGGUUGGAUCUAUCACAGUGGCCGGGUUGUUUGCAUUUCAAAGGGAGAAUUUGGUUAUGGACAUCCUGACUGUGGCAGCCUUGUUCAUCUCAAAUUGUACUUUACCCUGCCAAUUACCUCCAUUGCAGCUGGAUGAGUAAUGCAGGUGGAGCAAGGCUCUUAGGAGGGAUGCACAUCAAUAUGAUGUCAAAAGUCUCCUGAGUCUUGCUCCCUGGGGAAGAAUGUAUGGUGUGCUGCCUCCCUGUCCUUGGGAAGUCAUGAGAUGCCUUGGAACAAAGAAAGGAUCUGAAUUCAAAUCUUUGUGUCCGAGCCUCUUGCUGUAAGUCACUGAGCAGCUGGAAGGUGACAGUUCAGACCUGUGUUGUCACUCUUGGGGGAUGCACAUAUCCUGGAGGGGAGGUCAGCCCCCACAUGAGCUUUGCAAGAGUGCACAGAACUGUUUUCCACACAGCUGGAUCCAGCCCUUCCUGGGCUGGAGCAACAAGCAAGCACAGAUGCUGCGCUUAGGAAGUUUGCAAGGUGUUACCUCCUUGCGGUGACAGCUCACCAUCACAAACUGUGCACUGGCUGGGUCCUGUUCUGCUCUGUCAGCUCGUCACUGCAGACUGCCAUCAGGUUUGAAGCAGAACUUUUCCUGGAACAGGCUUCACUCAAUAGGCUUUAAAACUGAUGUUGCAAUAAAGGGGCCCUGGCAAUAGAAUUUUACUGCAAUAAAAUACUGACAAAGGUC